AUGGCCACAAUGCAACGCCUCAGCGGCGUCAAGCGCAAAUCCGACCAGCUGGAAGUGUCCGACGACGACCAGAACGCGAUCGAGGCUGGUCAGAAGACGACGACGAAGAACGAUAGCACACACCCCGACGAAAGUCCCGCCAAGAGACAGCGGGUGGGAGUCACGCUGGCACAGAAACAGGCGUUGAUCGACAACCUCCAACUUGAGCUCACUGAGCGCGCACGCAAGCUGCGAGCCAACUACAACAUUCACGCGCAGAGCCUGCGCACGCGAAUUGAGAUCCGCGUCAACCGCAUCCCGCUGGCAUUGCGCAAGCUCACCAUGGGCGAGCUGCUAGAGAAGUACUCGGACUCGAAAGAACCACAGCCACAGCAAAAGUCGACUGCCAACGCGGGCUCCGUACGGGGUCCUCCCGUUCCUGCGAAGGAUGGCCCGUCCCGGCCGCCGACGCGCGGGGGAAAUCCAUCACAGCCUGUUAAGAGGCGAAGCCACGAGAUGACCGGCGGAGACAAAGAGAACGAAGUCCGUACACCACAACAAAAGAAACAACGCGGCAACCAGGGCUCGUCCCGCAACCGACAACAAGUCCUCUCCCCAACCAAUUCCAACACCCGCCUCACCCGCGGCGGCAACACCACCAGCAACCCACCCACCUCAACCCCUGGCCGACCAAACGUCACACCCAGUCGCGCAACCGCCGCCACCAACGCGCUCAACCGCAUGGUCGAAGGCGCCGGUGGCAGCGUCCGCCGUCCGACCACCGCAACAGGGACCUAUUCCACCACCGCCGCCGGCACCUUCCCCCGCAACAAAGCCGGCCUACCACCCUCCAUCGCUGCGCCAGGCACACCGGGCGCAGCUACCGCCGCCGCGGCAGCAGCACGACGCAAACGCGCGGCUACAUCCACCGCUGCGUCCACCGCCACUGCUACCACAACAGCAAGUCAACACCCUCCACGUCCCGCAACGCGCACAGCCCGCCGUGCUAGUGGCACAAGCGAGUCCAGCGAAGCGAGCACGUCAACGGUGAUUCAUCGCAAGCGGCCGAUGACUGCGCCACCCGGAGCGCACCCUAAACCGCCUGCUGCGUCGCUUGUUCAGCAGACUGGGGCAGGAGGGAAGAAAGGGACAGGGACAGCGGGUGGGACUUUGAAGAGGGGAGGUGUAGCGGGUACGGGGAAUGGGGGGACGCUGGGACGGAAGGCGGGGGCGGCUGUUAAGGGGGCUAUGGCUGCUACUGGGGGGGCUGCUGGGGGGACUGGCACGGGGACGGGGAGGGUGCUGAGGAAAAGGGGGUGA